CGAGGAAUUUAUGCAUGUUUGUCUGCAAGUCACGUGAGUUAACAACAACCCCGCCUACUCCUGUUGUAGAGCCUCUACGCGUCAUUGAUGAUUGACAGAUUCGAACUCCGCGGCGGCUUUACGAUUGAUGGCUUUUAUUAGUUUUGUCUCGUAAAGUGGAAAGCGAAUGUGCCUCAAUAUUUUCCUUAGAAACACACAAUUUCGCAUGCUCUAGUUGGCAGUUUGUGUAAAAGAUAUCGUUGUUUGAGUGUUAUUGUUUUAUCAACGUCCUGGAGCGAAGUUAUUGCGAAGGAGAGUUGUUUAUACAGAAUGUCAGACGAACAACUCCGGCAAAGUUUGUAUUUAUUGUCCCGUGUAACGCAUUAACGGUUUGGAUUGUCGUAUAUAUUUUGUAGUGCCCUCCGACAAGCGACAAACUGGCUAUGUUCUCUCUCAUUUGUGAAACUAGCGUCACAACUUCAGUAUUAUGACAUCUUGGAUGAAGUCGGAAUUUCUGGAACUGGAAAGCAAUGGUUAAAGAAACCCUCCUAGGCACAACGAGGGCGAAAUUACAGCUUGGAACUUUGUUUUGGACGUUUGUAUGCUAUUAUGCAGCACUUUUGCCUUCAAUAUCCGCUCAACUGUACAGUUUUCAAGUCCAGGAAGAAUUACAGCCGGGAGCUAUUGUGGGUACGAUUAACAUUCAACAAGGAGAAACAUACUCACUCGUUUCACGUCAAUUUGCACUCAAUCCGCAAACUGGGGUUAUCACUACUAAAUCGCCAAUCGAUCGUGACAGUUUAAACACAAAUCCUAUAGUCCUGCAAGUUCAAAAUUCUUCUUCUUCUUCUUCUCCGUCUUUCUCGGUUCACGUUCGAGUGGAAGACAUCAAUGAUAACACGCCCGAGUUUUCAUCACCCGUGUUUCUUGUGGACAUUUUCGAAAAUGUGCCUUCUAACAGUGUGUAUGCGAUCGACUCAGCAACUGACAUCGAUGCGGCUGAAAAUGGCACGAUCGAUUAUGCGAUUGUGGCCGGCAACGAGGACGGAAAAUUCAAACUUGGAAGGAACACAACCGAAUGUGGUGGCACUGCUCUAUGCAUCAUAACACAAGGCAGCCUUGAUCGAGAGAAAGUCGCUGCUUACCUGAUAAAUAUCUCCGCUUCUGACCGCGGGAAACCCUCACUGCGUUCCUAUUGUUUGGUGAAUAUUACAAUUAUAGAUUUGAACGACAACGAUCCGGUGUUUACGAAAAACUCGUACAAUGCUACGGUGGACGAGAACAGUCCAGCUGGUGUGGAAAUUUUAGCCGUUUCUGCCACUGAUAAAGAUCACUCUUUGAACGGUGAAGUCAUUUACUCCUUCGACCUUGAUAGUGAUUCAAAUAACUUUGAAUUAAAUUCAACGACGGGGGUUAUCAGAACUCGAGCACCGCUCGAUUACGAGUCGAAGACGCUUUACACCUUCAAAGUGUCUGCUAGAGACCAACCACCGGGUGUUCCAUCACGGCAAAGCCGUCAAGCAACGGUGGAAAUUCAUGUCAGAGAUUUGAAUGAUAAUAUACCACAAAUAAUACGAGUGGUAUAUGCAAACCGAAAAAACCCUGCCGAAGUAAUCGAAAACAGCGGUGCCAAUGUACUUGUAGCCACUAUUUUUGUGAAAGAUGAUGAUGAUCCACUGGGUCCAAAUGGACAGGUUAUCUUGGAAACUUCAAAUGACAAUGGGAGGUUUAAAAUUGAGUUUACAACCACCUUGCCGAAUGGCAUCUCUUUGUACAACCUCAAAACUGCUGUUUCCUUGGAUCACGAAAGAUCUAACUUUUACAACAUCACUGUCACUGUAAAAGAUAGAGGGACCCCUAGUUUAAAUUCUUCAGUACAUGUUCUUGUUAGAGUGAUAGACGUAAAUGAUGAAAUUCCUUCUUUUGGUAAAUCAGACUACUCAGCAUCUGUCAGCGAACUGGCACAGAAUGGUAGUUCUGUCUAUCGCUUGACGGCUACUGACUUAGACAUGGGAAGUAAUGGCAAGAUUUCAUAUUCAAUCCUAAGUGGCAAUGCAUUGCACUGGUUUCAGAUAAACUCUGUAUCAGGCCUUAUUACUACUGCUAUGUCUCUUGACAGAGAGCAUUUACCACAAGUAUCAUUGACUGUGCUUGCUAAAGACCAUGGUUCGCCUCCACUUAAUGGCACCACUGUUGUUAUGGUAUCCAUCGACGAUAUCAAUGACAAUGCACCUGAAUUUUCUCACAGUAUUUAUAAUGUCACACUGGCUGAAAACAUGAAUCCAGGGACACCUGUUAUUACCUUAAAUGCCACAGAUGACGACGUUGGAAGUAAUGGGAAUUUGACUUAUAGGAUUGAUUCUACUUCUCAGAUUGCUUUGGAUACUUUUACCAUCGGAACAAGUUCAGGAUUGUUAACAACAAAGAUUAAACUUGAUCGCGAAGUGAAGAGCAUGUAUGAUAUCCCCAUUAUUGCCUCUGAUCAGGGUCUCUCACCGCUAUCAUCAAGAACCUUAGUGCGAUUGCAGGUUACAGAUGUUAAUGAUAAUCAUCCAGUAUUUUAUCCUGUGACUUAUAUUGUGAGCAUCUUAACAAAUGCUCAGCCCAGGGUUAUUACUCGGGUGACAGCAACUGAUCCUGAUGAUGGUACUAAUGGACAAAUUUUCUAUCGAAUUACAAGUGGGGCUGAAAGCAAAUUUGCCAUGAACAGCUCAAGUGGCGAAAUAAGUACACUGAUGCCUCUUAACAGUAGUGAGAAAGGCUUUUACCAGCUUAAUGUCACUGCUAAUGAUCUAGGAGGUCUUUAUGCUCAACGCGCUGCCACUGUGGAGGUGACAGUUCAGGGUCAGUCAGAUGACUUGCCAGAGUUUGAGUACAGUCUUUAUAACUUCACUGUUUAUGAAAAUGAACCAUCAGGGACCUAUGUUGGCAAGGUCAUCGCUGCCGCAAAAGACAACAGUGAUAACAUUCUUUACUCCAUUGUGUCAGGGGAUCCUCAACAUGUCUUCGAGGUUGAUUCUACUGGUGGAAUAAUCAUGCUUGAUGGACAUGUAGACAGAGAAAGGAGGGAUAAAUACUUAUUGCAUGUUGUAGCCAAGGCCGGAAUUGUGCAUCCUUUGUCAGCAACAACUUCUGUAAAGAUAGAUGUUCUGGACAGAAAUGACAAUCUGCCAUUGUUUUCCCCUUCAAGUGCUCAAGUUACUAUUGAUGCAUCCUGGCCUGUUGGAAGAGAAAUAUAUCUAGCAAGUGCCACAGAUAAAGACGCAGGUCUAAACGGAGCUGUUCGUUAUAAAUUGACAUUUGACGGCAAUGGCCUCCUAAAGGUGAACACAACAUCAGGUAUGGUGUCCUUGUCAAGGAAGGUUAACAAUCUAGAUGAUCCUCAAUACCUCAUUCGAGUGUCUGCAUCAGACCAAGGAGCACCUCCAUUACGCAGUACCUUUAUGUUAACUGUGGUAAUAGUGACCAAUCACCAGCCGAGAUUUUUAUUACCAUCUUUUAAUGCAAGUGUGCCGAGGAAUUUGCCUGUAGGGAAGGUUUUCCUGCCUGUGAUUGCCGCUGAUCCAGAUGAAGGUGACAAUGGAAAGCUGACUUAUGCAAUUUCUCCGAUAGGCAAUGAACUGGAUCUGUUUGCAGUUUCCCCUGAUGGAAUAUUAUUUGUUAAGAAUCAACUUAAUCAGGCAAGGUCAUUGUAUACCCUCUCACUCACAGCUACUGACAAAGGAAGCCCGCCUCUUAUGAGUUCUGUAUCUGUGACGGUUAACAUAAGAGAUUCAAUUGAGUAUCAGCCUAUUUUAAGUAAUGAUACUGCUUCAUUUUCUGUUGUGGAAAACCAGCUCCCAGGAACUAUGAUUGGCAGACUGCCUCUUCGAGAUGAUGCUUCUUUAAAGUCUAAGAAGAUGAUUUAUUCUCUGCCUGACCAUCAUGGCAAUUUUGUUAUCAAUCCUGUGACAGGUAUUAUCACAACAGUAAGAACAUUUGAUCGAGAACAAUUAGUUGAACAAAGUGGAAAGAAUGUCUUGGUGUUUCUUGCAAAGGCAACAUACGGUGACUCACCUCCCAAACAAGACACUGCAGUAGUGGUUGUUACUGUAGAAGACCAAAAUGACAAUAUACCUGAGUUCCGUCAUUCUGUUUUGUUUGUCACAGUUGAAGAAUCAACUCCAGUAGGUUCAAUUGUUUAUAAAGUCCUGGCAAGCGACCCUGAUGAAGGAGUCAAUGCUAACUUUACUUUCUCAAUAAUGAGUGGGCCAAAUUCUGAAGUAUUUUCGAUUGAUCCUGUGCAUGGAAAUCUUUUUCUCAACCAUUCACUUGACAGGGAAAAAGUGGAUCAUUAUACACUUACUGUCCAAGCCAUGGAUACUAACAAUAGAACCAUGUUCUCCCAAGUGCAUUUAGAAAUUAUUGUGGGUGACGCCAACGACAAUGAACCUGAGUUCACUGAGAAGCACUUAACUGUUAACGUGUCUGAAAAUUUGGCAGUAUCUCACCUAGUGGCAAUGGUUCACGCAACAGAUAAGGAUGCUGGUGAGAAUUCUGAGAUUGCGUACACCAUCACAUCUGGAAAUUUGGAAGCCGUAUUUGACAUCAAUCACUUAACAGGAGAAGUCUUCCUUAGUAAGCCACUUAAUUAUGAAAGAACACAGAAGUAUACAUUAAAUAUCACAGGAGAUGACCGAGGGAAUCCCCCAAAGUCUACAGUGUCUUUGCUUAGCAUCAAUGUGAUUGAUGAAAAUGACAAUCCUCCAGUGUUUAAAGAUCAACCUUCUGUCAUCAGAAUGCUGGAAAAUGUGACAUCAGGUUCUUUGAUUGGUCAUUGUUCUGCAACUGACGUUGACAGUGGGGAAAAUGGCCGUGUAACAUAUGGCAUCCUUAGUCAGACUCCACCUGAGGAAAUGGCUUUUGAGGUGAACCCUGUUACAUGUGCCAUUACCACAAGACGAAUCCUAGAUCGUGAAACCACCCCCCAAUACAAAAUUGUUAUUCGAGCAGUGGAUAGUGCGAGCCCUGGAUCAGCUCAGCUGUCUGCUACUAAAGAGGUCAUUGUUUUGCUACAAGAUGUGAAUGACAACAAACCUAGAUUUGCGACAGCACCUGCUGUAGGAAUUAAUGGCAAUGAAGGUCCAAAUACUGUUGUCAUGACUAUUUUGGCAACAGACACUGAUACUGGAAAUAAUGCAAAGGUAACCUACAAUAUUGUUAGUGGAGAUACAAGCUUUUUCCAGUUGGAUGCCAACACAGGACAGUUAGUCGCGCGAUCACAGUUACCCAGUAAUCGUCUGAGUUAUCAGCUAAGAGUGUCGGCUCAUGACAAUGGUGUGCCUUCACAAGUCUCUGAGACUUCUCUGACACUCUUCAAAAAAGGGCAACCAAACAGUGGACCGACCUUCAAUCAAGCAUUAUACAGAGGCUCUGUUGAGGAGAAUAGCAGAACUGGGACAUCUGUGACUCUAGUUCAGGCAGCAUUUUCUCCAAGCAUACCUGGUGCAGUUAUCAAGUAUUACAUGACCGCAGAUUCUAGUAAUGGUUCAUUUGCCGUGAAUGAAAAUAGUGGUAACAUCACAACUGCUGUUGAACUUGACCGUGAUAGUGUCUUGACGAGUGUGUUUACAUUAACAGUGUAUGCAGUUGAUCUCAGUGGCCCCAGUGCACGAACAAGCAGCACAACUGUGGAAAUCAUUGUUGAAGAUAAGAAUGACAACAGUCCAAUUUUUAUGCAGUCUACCUACAUUGCAACUGUGAUGGAACAGCUACCACGUGGUGCAAGUGUUACGACUGUUUCUGCUGUCGACAAGGAUCAAGGUCUCAAUGCACAAGUGCGCUAUUCUAUCAUCAGUGCUGGUUCUUUCCAAAUCAACAUCGCGACUGGUGAAAUCACUACCCAGCAAGUGCUGAAUCGCACUGUCCAAGAAGAGUACAACUUAACUGUUUUUGCAACUGAUGGUGGCAAUCCAGCCCGACAUUCAAGCUGUGUUGUCAUGGUAACAGUGAAAGAUGCUAAUGAUAAUGCACCACAGUUUGAUCGCCUAUUCUAUGAUUUUAAUAUCUUUGAAGGGACAGCUGUUGGAGCUAUUGUGGGGACAGUGAGGGCAACAGACAGCGAUAUUGGAGAGAAUGCCAGAAUUAGCUAUAGCAUUGUUGGUAAUCACAGAGACGUCUUCUUGAUGGACCCGUUCAGUGGGCAUUUGAAAGUGGCAGGAACACUUGACAGAGAGACAGUCGAAAUUUACAUUCUUAGUGUGUCUGCGACUGACCAUGGUAAUCCUCGUAAGUCUACCAAUGCCGAGGUUUAUGUUAAUGUUUUGGACAGAAAUGAUAAUGCUCCAGAGUUUUCAAAGAGCAUGUACCAUGUAAGCAUCUCAGAAGCUGCUGCAAAAGACAGUAGCAUCAUAACUGUCUCAGCCACUGAUAAAGACUUUGGCACCAAUGGGGCUGUCACAUACACUAUAUUGGCUGGAAACAAUGACCGCACCUUUGGUAUCUACCCAAACGGUACUAUAUACAACCUGAGGACCUUCGACCGAGAGCGGACGAGUUCUUACCAACUUACCGUCUUAGCAAGAGAUCAUGCAAAGCCUGUGGCAGCACAGUUGUCUAGCACAGCAGCAGUCCAGGUGACAAUCACAGAUAUCAAUGACAACAGUCCUUAUUUCAUCUCCGGCAAUGUCACCCACGUGUCAGAGCAUGCUGCAGGAGGUGAUGUCAUCACCACGAUCAUGGUGGCUGAUGCAGAUGCAGGAAGUAACGGAAAGGUAACCUUUGGUUUGGUCAAACUCGAUGCGUUUGCCCCUUUUAGUUUAGGUGCAGCCGAUGGUGUACUCCGGGUAUCAGGGAGUCUGGAUCGUGAGGUGAGAGACAGUUAUGUUGUUAGAGUGAUUGCUAUUGACCAAGGUGUCCCAGCAAAGCGUACAGAGAAAAAGCUGACAAUCGUAGUCGAUGAUUAUAAUGACCACGCCCCAGUUUUCCAGUCAGGAGUAAGCCAAGUUCCUGUUUUCGAGAACAUUUCAAUCGGAAGUGAAGUUGCAAGGUUUGUAGCCACUGACAGCGACCAGGGCAGCAAUGCAGAGAUUCGCUAUAGCAUUGCUGCUGGUAACGAGAAUGGUAGCUUCGAGAUAGAUUCAUCAACUGGAGUUCUCAGCACAAUAACAUCUUUGGACCGUGAAAACACGCCCAGUUACAUCCUUGCCAUCCGCGCGUCAGAUUUAGGCAUACCACCGCAGUUUACUGACAAGAGCUUGAGCAUUUUACUACGCGACGUAAAUGACAAUACCCCUACAUUCACUAAGGGUACUUAUACUCCAAGUGUCUUUGAAAAUGACUUGAUAGCCAAUGUUGUUACAGUGAAAGCCGUGGACAAUGAUGAAGGCCAGAAUGGAGCGUUAACAUACGAAAUUAUCCGAGGCAACGAUGGGGUUUUUUUCACCAUCAACCCCCAGACUGGUCAGAUAGGACUGACAAUAGCUUUGGAUAGAGAAAAGCAGGCCAAACACAUCCUGAAGGUGCAGGCAAAGGAUGGAGGGACGCCGCCCCUUGUGGGCGAGGCCGUGGUCAUUGUGGAUGUGAAGGAUCGGAAUGACAACCCCCCUGUCUUUCAACCAGACUUCUUCAAGGCUUCAGUGAAAGAAAACUCGGGGGUGGACACGCCAGUUCUGCAAAUAACUGCCACCGAUGCUGAUACUGGGGCUAAUAGUAAAAUCACCUACAGGUUGUCGGUGUCUUUUGGAUCGUUUGCAAUUGAUGCAAACACUGGACAAGUGAAAACCACUGCUUUUCUUGAUCGUGAAACUACGUCUUCGUUCGAGUUGAGCGUGUUGGCCACCGAUGGAGGGAUCCCUCCACAGACAGGGAAAGCUACUUUGCUCGUAAAUGUGGAAGAUGUCAACGAUUUUGAUCCUGCUUUUUCAUCUGAUCUGUACAUUGGAACGGUGUCCCCUGGGGCUGCACCAGGGACCUUCAUUAUCAUGGUCUCUGCCGCGGAUAAUGAUAUUGGCCCCAACGCCGAAUGUGAGUACACUGUAACAACCACGUUACCACCUGUCUUUCAAAUUUCCCCUCAGACAGGUAUCAUCACCGUGGCACAGAACGUUCCCUCAAGCCCCUCUUCGUACUCCUUUACAGUAAAGGCUGCUAACGUGAACGCACCGUCUCGCGCCGAUACCACCAAUGUCCAAAUAAAUGUGCUAACAGGUUCCUCUCCAGUCUUUCAACAUCUGGACCAAAACACAACGGUCUCUGAGCUGGUACCUGUAGGGACAGAAAUCUUUAAUGUAAAUGCUACCGGGCAUAUUUCCUAUUUCAUCGCUGCGGGCAACACCGGUAAUGUGUUCGAUAUUGACAAACUGGAUGGAGAGUUAAGAAUUCAGAAACCUUUGGACUUCGAGCAGCAAAAGAGCUACGCUGUUAUAGUAGGCGCGAGGGGUGCAGGUAUACAGUCGUUGUCAAGCUUCGUGACAAUCCGUGUUCUAGUUACUGAUGAGAAUGACAACCCGCCUCAGUUUAAUCAAAGCGUUUAUCGAGUACAAAUUCAAGAGGAACUCCCAGAAAAUACCACAGUUCUCUGGGUGUAUGCGUCUGACGCUGAUUCAGGACCUAACGCAGUGGUGGAGUACAAAAUAGCUCCAGGCAACAGUCUGGCAAGUGCAGCGUUCCAAGUGUCCCCUAAAGCAGGGCGUAUAUCCACCAGCGUCAAACUCGAUCGAGAGAACACUUCUUUGUUUACGUUUAAGGUCCGCGCUGAGAACGUGGCGAACAGAUCCCUGGCAGACGAAGCCUUUGUUAUUGUAACCGUACAGGAUAUCAACGACAACGCGCCUGUUUUCAUAGAUCCUAUGACAGCUUCUGUUUAUGAGAACGUCUCUACUGGAUUUAGAGUCGCGGUGCUGAGUGCCACCGAUGCUGACACUCAGAGUAACGCACAGCUGCGGUUUAGUUUCGCUCCUGGGGGCAAUCCAGAUGGUGUGUUUAAUCUUGACGCGAAUAACGGUAGUUUGACAGUACAGAACAACCUGAACAGAGAGUACAGAUCUCAGUACGUUUUGCAAGUAACAGUAGGAGAUUCCCUUCAUACAGUUACGUCCAAUUUCACUGUCAUAGUCUUGGAUGUUAACGACAACCCACCGAGAUUCGUCUCAGACUCGCUAUCACAGACAAUCAAGGAGAAAUUACCGAUUGGAUCAGAAGCGAUGAAUGUAACUGCCCGUGAUGACGACAUAGGAACGAACGCGGUGAUCCUCUAUUCCAUUCUGCCUUCUCUUGCUAGCGAUGUUUUCACUGUUGAUCGCCAAACGGGUGUUCUCCGCCUCAGUAAAGAGUUGCUAUAUAAGAAACCAAGCCCUCUUGGAAACGAGAAUUUGUACAAUAUCACAGUGAAUGCAAGAAAUCCAUACUCGCCAUUUUUUGAAGCGACGGUUCAUGUAGUUGUGGAAGUGACUGAUGCCAACGAUCACAGCCCAGUGUUCACGCCAGCUUUGUACAGCUUUUUCGUCAUCGUGAAUACAAGAAAUGGAGAGACAAUUGGGCGUGUAGAGGCAACAGAUGAGGAAGACGAAGGUGUAAACGCGCGUGUGCGCUAUGAAAUAAUCAGUGGCAAUGGCUCCGCACUGUUCAGCCUUGAUUCAGACAGUGGAAAUGUGACAGUAGCAGGAAAUAUUGCUACUCCAGGUGUGUUUUUCUUGCGGAUUAAGGCAGAAGAUUCGGGAGAUCCCUCCAAGGAAAGCGAGGCCGAUGUUUACGUUGAAGUUGUUGCACGGAACAACCAUUCACCUGAUUUUCCUCCUCAGUAUCAAGCCAGUAAGCUGGAAAGCUUGCCCGUGGGGAGUGAAGUUUUAAGGGUUACCGCUACAGAUAAAGAUUCCGGGACAAAUGGCCAAGUAUCGUAUCGUAUAGAGAGUGCUAAUCCACCCGGCUAUUUUGGAAUUGGAGAAAGGAAUGGCUCUAUAUAUGUACAAAAGUCUCUGGAUUACGAGCUUACUCGGCUGUUAAUAUUGAACGUUGUCGGCACAGAUGCUGGAAAAAUUCCGCGUUCAGAUUCCGUGGAAGUGCGUAUCACCCUCCUUGAUGCGAACGAUAACCGACCGACCUUUACACAGAAAGAAUACCACGGAUAUGUACCGGAGAAUACCUCCCCGGGAGCCCCUGUUGUUUCUGUAACAGCUUUAGACCCCGAUCAAGGUCUUGGAGGGACCGUGGAGUACAGCAUCACAAGUGGCGACUCGGCGGGCUUAUUUGAAAUAAAUCGGUCCAGUGGAAAAAUCAUAAGUAGGGCAACGUUUGACUAUGAAGUUGAGGAUAUGUAUGCAUUGACUGUCACCGCCAGAGACCAAGGGAAUCCUCAGUUAGAAUCCCAGCCUAGCGCCAAAGUGUUGGUUCACGUUACCAGUGUGAAUGAAUAUCCGCCCAGGUUUAACAAGUCGCUGUUCCAAGCCUCUGUGGCCGAAAACGCACCGAUUGGACAGUCUGUUACUCAGAUAUACGCAACAGAUCAAGACAAGGGUCCGGACGGUGAAGUUAUUUUUGUACUAGUGGGCGAAAGUAACUUCCAGGGAUUCAAGUUAAAUCGACUGUCAGGUGUGCUAAGCGUCUCUGGAAAACUGGACAACGAGCGAGCGGGUUUGGUAACGCUCCAGGUUCUCGCUAAGAACGCGUUACAGACAAGAGUGACUCCUGAUACUAGUGACCUAGCAAAGAUAAUCGUGACAGUCACGGAUGCUAAUGAUGCCCCUCGGUUCCUUCAGAGUGUGUACAACGCGAGAGUCACGGAAGGUGCUAUUUCGGGGUCGUUUGUGACCAAUGUUAGCGCCGUUGAUGAUGACUUUGCAAAAUCCCCGGCAGAAGCGAGGAUACGGUAUGGAAUUUUGUCAGGUAACAUUGAAAAUGCAUUCAUAAUUGAUCCAGACUCGGGUACAAUAACAACUCUUAAGAGUCUGGACAGGGAGUCGGUUUCACAGUACAGUCUAACAGUUACCGCUACGGACCAAGGACGGCCACCUAUGUCUGGCAACGCCACUGUCGUGGUUAGAAUUGACGAUAUCAACGAUAACGCGCCACGCCUUCCUGGUAACUGCAUAGGCAGGGUACGUGAGAAGGAGCCCGCGGGUACUCGGGUUAUUACACUGACGCCUUAUGACCCUGACGUGGAUCCCAAUCAAGGGCCGUUUACUUUUGUCAUCGAUGGGACCCCCAACAAUGAGUUCCAUUUGGACGGGAGAACUGGGGUGAUAACGACUACCGUUGAACUUGAUCGCGAGGUCACCGCCUCUUACAAUCUGUCCAUAAGAAUAUCCGACGGUGGCUCCCCACAGCAAUCUGCCGUGUCAUACUGCGAAAUUCAAGUACAGGAUGUCAAUGAUAAUCCACCCCGGCAAACUGCACGAAUCGUGCACGUGAACAUCAACAACAGCUUGCCAUCCGGGGACUUAGCAAAAGUGCAGCCUGAAGAUCCCGAUGUUAAUGACGUGUUUGUGUGCGAGAUACUGCAGGAUAGCAAUGGACUGUUCGGGUUUGCUCCUGGAAGCUGUGUACUGAGGACAAAAAACAAACAAACGGGAAGCGUGGUUAUGGAUUUAAAAGUGAACGGUUCUGAUGGAAAGUGGGCCGUGUCUUACGAUGUACAGGUCCGAUUUGUGGCCUUUAACCUACAAACUUUCGCUAAUAGCUUAACAGUGCGAGUACAGAAUACAAGCCCCGAGGGAUUUCUUUCACAGUCAUAUCAGAAAUUCUUGAACGCUAUAGACGUCAUUGUCUCGCCGCUUGGAUACAAAUCACAGCUCUUUAGCAUCAAAUCCGUGGGAGUUGGCCUUGUAGACUUAACAGUAGCGGCCAAAAAACCUCCAGCGUUUGAAUAUAUGAGGCGAGAGGAACUGUCUACCGCGCUGAGAAACAACAAAGCUGAUUUGGAACGAAAUGGUGAUGUUAGUAUUCAAAAUGUGGAUUACACUCCUUGUACCGCCAGCAGUCCUUGUCAAAAUGGAGGCGAGUGCACAAGCUAUAUGCACAACCUUGGCACUGUUACUACCCUGGAGUCCACACCUGUUAUCUUUCUGUCAGUGGAUUACGAAUGGCGUUUUAGCUGCGUUUGCAAACCAGGUUUUGGCGGCAAGACAUGCGCAGUAAGCGAGCAAGGCUGCAACCUUAAUCCAUGCAAGAACGGUGCCACGUGUUUGGACAAAGACUCCUCGUUUUCAUGCCAGUGUCCAUCAGGUUUUACCGGUCAUACCUGUUCUGAUGAUGUCAACGAGUGUGACCCGAAUCCCUGCGAGAAUGGCGGAACCUGUAAGAAUCUUGUAGGGAGUUACCAGUGUGAUUGCAAGCCGGGAUAUUUGGGUAAGAAUUGCUCGUCUGGAUACGACUUUUGCCGGGUGGCCUCUGUCACCUCCUGGGCCACACCCAGGUGUACCUGCUCCCAAGGACAGCUGUGUCAGUGUUCCUGUAUUGGCUUUGAAUCUGCUUCCUACCUUCAGCUUCCUACUUUGGAAAGUCUGCAGCAAGAUAACUUCAACAACAUCACUUUCGAGUUUGCUUCGUCUCAGAGCGACAGCUUGUUGCUGUACAACCAUGACGGACAGAACAAGGUGGAUUCGGAUUUUAUUGCCAUACAGAUCGUCAGUGGAAAGCUUCGACUGUCGUUCAAUCUUGGAGAUACAAGGAGUCCUGUUGUUGUGGAGGCAGAAAACUUUGUAGCUGAUGGAAAAUGGCAUACGGUUAUGGCCAUUAGAAAUAGGAAGGUGAGUUCAGAUUCUUUAUUUUUUUUUUAGUGUAACGAGGUUUCAGUUGUAAGGAAAAGUUGGUUGUAGUUCAAACAACAUUAGUAGUUGAAUGUCUCUGUGUGCUGCAACGCUUCUUUGAAAUCACUUCCGCGCCACGUCUGUUUGGGCAGCGGAUGCUAGGAGCUUACACUUCUAUCUAGAUCGUCCUUACGCGAAAGGCAGAUGAAACAUUUUCUCGGGGAGAAAUGCCCUUUUGGCAAGUAUCCCAUUGAAGAAAACCGCUGACACUAGCCCAAUAUGGCCGUGAAAGUAUGUUAAGGGCCAAAAUAUAUAUGUUUCAGUAACUUCAACUUAAUGUUCCUUUAGCUUACCAUAUUUAGAAAUGUUGCACUGUAAUUCUACAGCUAACGUGAAUGUUGGCAACUCGAAAGCUGUUCCUCCUCCAAAGAUGGUCUUUUCUUUAACGUCUCUAUAUGAUACAUGCUUGGGAAUGCAUUUUAGAAUAAUUGUUAAUACUAAGUAAUGCCCUGUUAACAGUGUAAAAAUGAAGCUGAAGUUGAGGUGAAUCCCUUGGCUAAUGACUAAUAAUGUUUAUAAAAUUUUGGAUAGGUUGGUGAGGUUUCCGUUGAUUUUUCCGCUCCAGUGAGCGUCUCAUCUCCAGGACUGUUACAGUAAGUAGUCACCUAAAAAAAACACCUUUCCUUAUCUGUCACCCGUCUGCUCUUCCCUUCCCCUCCCCUCCCCCCUCCCUUCCCCUUCUCUACUCCUCCAGUUGAAGCUUUGUGAAAAUGUAACCCUCCCCCUCUUCUAUUUCCCUGAACGGCUGGCAUUCUGGGAAUGGUUGUUUUCUUGCACUGCUUGACACUAUAAAGUUUCAUGAUUUAAAGCAUGCAGGAUUUCCCGCUAACACAACUUGUCAUCGAACUUGAAAUCCAGCAGUCGAUUACUGUAGUACGAAAGAAGAAAAUCCUGCUUUUCGCAUCCCAGGUUUAAACACAUUUGGGACCAGAAACCCAAUCGCUGACGCACCCUUUGAUUUUAUACAGGAAACUGGACUUGCUUGGGGCACCGCUUUUUUUAGGUGGGGUCAGAGAUCUGGACAGUGCACUUGCUCAUCCGGGACAACACAUUCAAGCUGAUGAUUUUCUUGGCUGCAUGCGCAAUGUGUUCAUCAAUGACAGGAAACUGGAUCCAAGUUUAGCCAAAGAUUCUGCUGGCAUUUCUGACCGCUGUCCUCGACGUGGCCAGUGUUCUGAUGGUCUGUGCAAAAAUGGCGGGAAAUGUGUGGAUUACUGGUUUGAUUAUGUUUGUGAGUGCAAGACAGGUUAUAGCGGCAGGAAUUGUGAAGAAGGUAAGCUUUGGGUUUCAACACAUAUCCUUUCCCCCUUCCAUUAAGAAAGUGGUAUUGUUCAGUUUAAAUCGCUCUAAGGGCGAGUUAACUUUCACAAAGAACUGAAAACUCAUCAAGUCUAAAGUGCACUAUUGCUACCCGUAAAACUUUGACAAAUUACAGAUCCAGCAUAGCAGAACACCUUUCACACAGGGCGCCUUCAUAAGUAAUGGAGCACGCAAAUCUUACUCCUGUGCGCGUGGAGUCGCGUGUGCCGUACUUGAUUACAUCUCGUAUUAGCUAACCUCUUGUUUUCGUAAGCUACUUUUGAUUUCUGGAACCUAUACAUGCCAAAAUGAAACAUGAAAAUUGGUUUUAAAUUAGUGAAAAAAGGUUCUGUGAGGGUGGCAAAUAAAUUUAUUUAGAGGUUUCUUGCAUCUCUCACCCUGUAGAAGUACAACCAGUGAAAUUCGGCGAGAACAGCUUUCUGGCAUUACAGUUUAAGGAAAGCUAUCGCCGCGAGCAGCAGCGUGAAGACAGAGAAGGCGACGCAGUUCGGAAAAGACGAGCCCUGCCUGCAAGUGGUGAACAGUUUUCCAUUCGAUUUCGUACUCGAAACGACGGGCUGCUUCUCCUCGCUACAGACUCAGUUGUUACCAGUGUAUCAGGGUACACUGUGGUGGAGGUUAGUCUCAAAACGUUAUUUUUUUUUCGACAUCAAUUCGCCGCUUUUCAAACGAGAAAGAAAUUGAGCAGAGUCAACUUUCGCAAAGACUUCUGGUACUAGGGACAGGGAAAUAAUUGGCCAAUACAGUAAAAAACCGCGAAUAAGAACCUAAGUUUUUCCAUGCUAGGCUAAGAAGGUUCUUUUAAAAAUGGUGCUUACUGGAAAAUUAGGCUACUCAGGUUCUUUAAAAGGUUCUUAUUUUUAAGAAUAAAUGAGGUGUUUGUCAUUAGUGGGUGUGGCCUAUUUUGGGCCCAUUUUUGGUAUUGCAUGCAUAAUAUGUUAAAAAAACCCCCUUUUGUCCAAGCAUAUUAAAGCCAUUUAUGAAGUUUAUAGAAAGCUAUGCAAGUUAAACAGAACAAAAACAACAUUAAAACAUGAUACUGUGUUUCAUCUUUAUUUUACUAACUGGUGGAGCUUGUUCUGUUAAAUUUGUGUAUUCAGUGUUCGACAGAAUUUCUCAAAAUAAGAACCUGUUUAAAAAUUGUAGGCUAAAACAGGUUCUUAUGUACUUUGGCUGACCCCCGGGUUUUUACUUAAGCUGACCCGCGCGCGCUUUGUCAGUAACUAUCCCAGAAACAAUUCCGGGACACAUUUCGGCUCCAGCUCCCUUCUCUUUUCCGAACUGACAAAUCAUAAACUUUCUAUAACUGGUUUUGUUUAAAAAUGGUCCAAGUUCGUUAAAAGGGGUUUUCGUUGUGUCAGAACUAAAUCGCACCUACCUUAGCUUUGUUUAAGUUACGGUGAGAAAACACGCUUCAUUUUUGCAAUCAAUCUUGAAAAUUAUUUACUGUAGAAACAAAGACAUAACCUCCUUCGUGACUUGCUUGGUUUACACGCGUUUCUUCUUCGCACAAGUUGCAAGUUUCCCUGCCCUUAUUUUUGGUGUGCUCCUAUUCCAUAUUUUCCCGCGCUUCGCAUCCGUUGCGCUUCCCCCUGCAGUGAACUUUUUCAUAUUUCCCGCGCUUAAUUUAAAGGUUGAUUUCCACAGACGCGUUUGUGGCUACGUACGUUAAAGCACACAAAUUUUAAUCACAUAAAGUAGAGGCAAAAUAAAGAGUGCUGAGCUUAAACGAGAAGUUGAGCGAGGUUCAACUUUUAUGCCUACGAGCUACCUUUCAUGCAUUCCCUCUAUUUUAUUUGCGAAAGUAAAUUUUACGCACGCACGCACGUGAAAAUUACGCGACACUGGAAAUAAACCCUAAAGUAGGUUGAAUCUGUUGCUGACUUGCGUUACACGUUUUUUCUCGGCGUUUGGUUGGGGUUUUUUCAUUUCUCUACUUGUUUUGAUUUUUAUUUCGUUUUUCACGACAAUUAUUCUUUUAACCAUUUUUUUGCCUUCUUUAUCAGAUAAAGUCAGGUAACCUCAAGUACACCUUUGGAAAUGGAGGUAACGCGUCCAGUUUUACUGUUGGGUCUCCCGUUGUGACGGACGGUGAGUGGCACAACGUUACUAUUUUUCACCAAGGUAAAAACGUGACUGUCAAGGUCGACGGCGAGUCCCGCACCAACAUGUUUGAUGCUGCUGCGCAUGACUUCCUUGGAAAGAACAUCCAAAGCUGGUUUUUGGGCGGAUAUAAUUCCUCUUUAACGGCCCUGACCCUGAAAAAAUUUCGCGGUUGUAUGGAAGAUUUGAGCAUCGAUGGCCUUCAUGUUUCCUUCUCUGGGCCGAACAAGUUUGCAGUGAUUUCUUCACCAGGUGGGGCGGUCGAAGAGGGAUGUGACGGAUCAGGAUCGUGCGCGACAGUUCAGUGCCAAGAUCCGCUCAAGCCUUAUUGCUUUGAAGAGUGGGAGGGUUACACUUGUAUCAGCGAUGCUCAGUGCAAAUCGAACCCGUGUGAAAACAACGGAGUUUGUUUACCGCAGAAGGAUGGAAGUUUUAACUGUGAAUGCAAGGGAGACUUCAAAGGAGAAACAUGUGCUAUACCUGGAGUAUGCUGGCCUCAUCCAUGCGGCGAUAAGUUAUGCCGCGUUGGCGAUUCAGGGGAGUUUGAGUGUUUUGUGGCGAGCGAACGAACGGAAGAUACGGGAAGCUCCCUGAGUCCUGGAGUAAUCGCAGCCAUCGUUUUUCUAGUCGUUUUGGUCAUUUUGAUCGUCGUGGCGGUGAUAGUUGCUCGUCGUUAUCGCAGACAGCGACAGAAAGCAGUCAGUAGGGCGCCGGCGGAGUUUGACGCGACCGCAGGUACGGAGGUAGCGGCGGACGUGCAAGAGGCUUCCCAAAGAACGUCCCCGUCUCACAGCAGUGACGAUAGUGGCGUUGUGAUCCGUAAUCCCAGCCAGAAGUCCUUAACAGAUUUACGACAGUCUGCGCUUCCGAACGGAAAGGAUAUAGUCAUACAUAAUGUUGGUGCGCCGGAGGAUUAUCAAAUCAAGCUUACGAAAUCUUCUCAAGAGAAAAUCGACCCGGGUUUCUCCGAGUCCGACGGAGAGUUUAUUAUGAGGAAUGGAAUGGUUUUGGGAAUGAAGGAAACACCCAUCAACAGGGCGGAUAUAUCGGGGAUAUCACGGGCUCCCAAUCAUCGGAGCACACCACGAGACAGGGAAGUUGGCCGGCCAUUGCCCAAUAGCAGAUCAAAGAACCGCGAGAGAAAAAUCCCCAAUCCCACUUUAGGCAUGGCAUGGAUAAGAGGCAACCGCUGUCCAGAAGCGUUUUGGACCCUAGAUUGCGCGGUCCAACAAACUCAAAGCCCUCGCGGCGUUUCCGGAAAGGCUCACUGGGAUCUUCGAGCAGCGACGAACCUCCGGAUUUCUCUGAUGUCGGUCACAAGUCUGAUGAUAACAACUCUGAACGACUGGAGCACUACGACAUUGAGGUUGCGAGCCUCGGAUAUAGUGAAGUUUCUUAUCAAUACGAUCCGAAUACUUUCAGAGACCAAUCGUUGAAUCGUCGGGAGCCCCCGGGCUUGUCCGCGGCAGAGAUCGAGAGACUCCGUAAACAACCGCCAUCGGGUAGUUUACUUGAUGCGGUGUCUUCCAUUAGCGACGAAGAUGCUCCAACGAUCGAUAAGUUGUCGAGUGUUCUCGAAGUUCCGGACACUUCAAGUGAGAGCUCGGACGAUACGUUUACGUGCAGUGAAUUCGAAUACGACAAUGACGAACCGAGCCGAGAGGAUUACGAACGUGGAAAUAUGGUGUUUUCAAAACUUGCCGAUGAAGACAUAAUAGGUAAUGACAAACACGGCAAAGCAACAGUUGAAAACGGUGGACGAACAUCUCACAGAGGCUCGCUUAGCACCUUGCACUUCAGCGACGAGGAAAUCUUACCUCACACUUUGAACAGUAAACCCGCAAACGGGUCAAAAGAUUUGUUUAACUGGGACGAUGUGUUAAACUGGGGACUUCGUUAUCACAACCUUAGAGGAGUUUACAAAGACAUCGCGCAAUUGAAAGAUUCUUCAAGUCCUCGGAGAAGAAAAGACGAAGAAUAUGUUUAAAUUGUUGAAAUUGAAAUAUAGGACAUUAUUUUUUAAGAGUGGACCAGUUAUUUAUUGACACUUACAGAACAUUACCUAGAUUAUCGAGAACGAGGUGUAUAUAACGUUUUAGUUAGAAGUGUUUUAUAUACAAACACUUUUUUGUUAUGCCUUCAAAUAUGAACAAGGUUAAGAUUCAGCUUAAAAGCGUUCGUAAGCUUCUUUUGGAAGACUAACUACUGCAAUUUUCCACUAUGUUGGGGUGCGCUUCAGAUAUGAACGAGUAGACGUUUUUCUUGAUCUUAUUGUUUUCUCUGAAAUUCCA